GGGCUCCUUAUAAAUACAGCUUGACUCAGUCAGUGUGUGAUUGGCACCUGUGAGACAUGAGGUGGUUACUGUUCUUUGGGGCCCUUAUUGGGUCAGGCGUCUGCAGCCGAGACAAAUUCUUCGGGGACCAAGUUUUUAGGAUUAACGUCAGAAAUGGAGAUGAGAUCAGAAAGCUGACUCAGCUAGUGAAUUCGGACCACUUUAAGCUCAACGUCUGGAAAUCUCCCUCCACUUUUGGUCGGCCUGUGGAUAUCCUCGUGCCCUCCGUCAGCCUGCUGCCAGUCAAGUCCUUCCUGAAGUCCCAGGGCUUAGAUUACUCAGUGACAAUUGAAGACCUCCAGGCUCUCUUAGACAACGAAGAUGAAGAGAUGAAACACAAUGAAGGCCGAGAGCGGAGUGGGGAUAACUUCAACUACGCAUCCUACCACUCCUUGGAAGCUAUUUACCACGAGAUGGACAGUAUUGCCACAGAUUUCCCUGAACUGGCAAGCAGAGUGAAGAUUGGAGAGACGUUUGAAAAGCGGCCCAUGUAUGUCCUGAAGUUCAGUACGGGAGGAGGCAAGAAACGGCCAGCCAUUUGGCUGAAUGCAGGCAUCCAUUCCCGUGAGUGGAUCUCACAGGCCACUGCCAUCUGGACGGCGAGGAAGAUUGUGACUGAUUACCAAAAGGAUCCUGCUGUCACCUCCAUCUUGAAGAAGGUGGAUAUUUUCUUGCUGCCUGUGGCCAAUCCUGAUGGAUAUGUAUACACACAAACCCAAAACCGAUUAUGGAGGAAGACACGGUCCCGGAACCCAGGAAGCCGCUGCAUUGGUGCUGAUCCAAACAGAAACUGGAAUGCAAGUUUCGCAGGAGAAGGGGCCAGUGACAACCCUUGCUCUGAAGUGUACCAUGGCCCCCACCCCAAUUCUGAAGUGGAGGUGAAAUCGGUGGUGGACUUUAUUCAAAACCAUGGGCAUUUCAAAUGCUUCAUUGACCUGCACAGCUACUCACAGCUGCUGAUGUAUCCCUACGGGUACACAGUCAAGAAGGCCCCAGACGCGGAGGAGUUGGACGAUGUGGCGAGGAGUGCAGCCGCAGCCCUGGCUUCCCACUCCGGCACUAAGUAUCAAGUAGGACCGACUUGCACCACUGUCUACCCAGCUAGUGGGAGCAGCAUCGACUGGGCAUAUGACAACGGCAUCAAGUAUGCAUUCACAUUUGAGCUUAGAGACACGGGGCACUAUGGCUUCCUCUUGCCAGCCGACCAGAUCAUCCCCACUGCGGAGGAGACUUGGCUAGGACUGAAGACGAUCAUGGAGCAUGUGCGGGACAAUCUCUACUAGACGAAGAGCACUCCUGUUUUACCCAUCAGCCACCACUGAGGCCACUGUUAAAGAAGAUCACUUCUUCGUGCAUGGGUCAGAACCAUCUGGACUGGUAGAGACCAGCUGGUUCCCUUCAGCACUGCUCCCCAGAGAUCACACAUCCUGGUGGCGGGCCUGUGAGGAGCUCUUUCAUCGGUCCUCUGUUCUGCCUCUCUACCCACGCAUGGUUGGGAAGGCCAUACUCCCAGUCAUUGCUUCCUGGUGGUGUAUGGCUCCCUCACCUUUAGAACAUCUCUGAUGGCUUACUAGUCUCUACAUGUAGCCAAGUCAGGGAUCUGGCUCUGGUGGGGAACUAUGGGAGCUGCUGGAAGAGACAAUGCUUAUCUUCAGAACUCCCUGUGUUUUCUCUUUCUGACGUGUUUUUCUUUCUUUUAGACAAGGUCUUACUAUGUUGCCCACACUAGCCUGAAACUCCUGGGGCCAAACAAUGCUCCUACCCCAGUCUCCCCAGUACUGGUGCCCAGCUCAGACACACACUUAUCUUUGAGGAACAAAUCCUAUUGAAUCACCAAUACAGGUCUUUCUAUCCUGCUUGUUCUUCCUAUCAUUAUUAUUAUUAUUGUUGUUAUUAUUAUUAUUGAGAGAGGAUCUCUCUAUGUAGCCAUGCCUGUCCUGGAACUUGCUACGUAGGCCAAGCUGGCCUCGAACUCACAGAGAUCCCCCUGGCUUUGCCUCCAGAGUGCAUUAAAGGAAUUAAAGAUGGGCAUCACCACACCUGGCUCCUCUUAAUUCUUUUUUAUUGACCUGAGUACACAGUUGAGCUCUUGUUCAUCACAAGGCUCGGAGUUCAGAUGAUGCCCAUUCUUUUUACCCUCUUCUCUUUAUAUUUGACAAUACUGGGACCCUCAAAAGGGCCAGUUGUACCCUAGGAGAUGCUCACAGGGAUCAUGGAUGAGAUGGGGGUGGGAUGCAGGGUUACUCGAUUAGCACCGGCUGUCCUGUCGGCAUCGUCUCCACUCUGCCUUUUGAACUUACUUCAAAGAUCUUACCCUCACCCCACAGGUCCUAAAUCAUCCCCAUGGCCUGGACAAGCUCAGGGCCUCAGCACACUCCAGCUUGGGCGCUGCUAGUGUUGCCUGUGUUUUAGUCUCCUGGUUUCUUUCCUCCUGUGUUUAAAGUCACCUUCUAUUUUUGCAUCCUGGACCCUGAGUACCUACCUGGAGCAAGACUUCAUCAGCCAGACACCUCCCCCAUCUCUCCUUAGCACAUACCAUCUGUCCUGUUUGUGUUGUGGUUUUUGUUUUUGUGGGUUUUUUUUUCCUGUUUUCAAUCAUGUCUGUAAAUCUUAACCUUCUGCCUAGGAUUUGGGCAGCAUCUGGUGUGUCCUCAUAAGCCAAUAAAUAUUCAAUAUGG